ACUUGCCUGUGGAGAGUCCCAUGGUUUAGAACUUGAUGCUCUCUUGUAUGCUCUCCAUGCACACUCAGAGAUCCUUUCUGUUCCUGUCACUUUCAGCAGACUCAUCAGCUUCUGAGUCAUUAUAGAGAGGACUCUAAAGUGCAUCAUGACUCACACCAACUUUACCAUCUUUCACCCUGCAGUUUUUGUCCUACUGGGCAUCCCUGGAUGGGAGGCUUACCACAUUUGGCUGUCAAUACCCCUCUGCCUCAUGUAUAUCACUGCCAUUGUGGGGAACAGCAUCCUGAUAGUGGUCAUCAUCACAGAACGUAAUCUUCAUGAGCCCAUGUACUUCUUUCUCUCCAUGCUGGCCAUCACGGACAUCCUGCUGUCCACCACUACCGUACCCAAGGCUCUAGCCAUCUUUUGGCUCCAUGCCCAUGACAUUGCCUUUGAUGCCUGUGUCACCCAAGUUUUCUUUGUCCAUGUGAUGUUUGUGGGGGAGUCAGCCAUCCUAUUAGCCAUGGCCUUUGACCGCUUUGUGGCCAUCUGUGUCCCCCUGCAUUAUACAGCCGUGCUAACAUGGCGUGUUGUGGGAAGGAUUGGUCUGGCCAUUGUCACCAGAAGUUUCUGCAUCAUCUUCCCAGUGAUCUUCUUAUUGAAGCGGCUGCCCUUCUGCCGGACCAACAUUGUCCCCCAUUCCUAUUGUGAGCAUAUUGGAGUGGCCCGCUUGGCCUGUGCUGACAUCACCAUUAACAUCUGGUACGGCUUCUCAGUGCCCAUUGUCAUGGUCAUCGUGGAUGUGAUCCUAAUUGCUGUGUCUUACUCACUGAUCCUCCGAGCCGUGUUUCGUUUGCCCUCCCAGGAUGCCCAGCACAAGGCCCUUAGCACUUGUGGCUCCCACCUCUGUGUCAUCCUCAUGUUUUAUGUUCCAUCCUUCUUUACAUUAUUGACCCACCGCUUUGGACAUAACAUUCCUCGACAUGUCCAUAUUCUGCUGGCCAAUCUUUAUGUGGUGGUGCCACCAAUGCUCAAUCCCAUUGUCUAUGGUGUGAAGACUAAGCAGAUCCGGGAGGGUGUAGCCCACCGGUUCUUUGACAUCAGGACUUGGUGCUGUGCUUCCCCUCUGGGCUAA